UCAGGGCGUGUGCGUGAGGUGAAAACUGGAGGACAACCGCAUCGGCUCAGCUCCGGGCAUUCAGUCCGUACAAUCAGCGGAGAGAACAUUCAGCUAAACGCGGUUAACGUUGAGGUUAUUCGACGACCUAGUAAAUAUUUAUUAUCAACAAUGAAGUUAUUGUGGGCUGUCACUGCCCUUCUGUUGAGCUGUUGGCGAGCCGAUGCCUCCACAGCGGGUUUUAUCAAGUCCCCUUUGUCUCAGAUGAAGCUAACCAAUGACAGUGGAGAGCUGCAUUGCGAGGUUGUAGGGAACCCUAUUCCUGAGGUGCAGUGGUGGUUUGUAGAGGGCGAGGAGCCAAAUGAGACUUUUACUCAGCUGUUUGAUGGGGCACGGAACGACCGUGUGAAAAUAAAUGCCACAUAUAUAGCACAUGCCACUAGCACCAUACACCUCACUAGCCUGACCCUUGAAGACUCUGGCACAUAUGAGUGCCGUGCUUCCAACGACCCUGACCGCAAUGAACUGAAGAAGACGCCAAAAAUCAAGUGGAUCCGCUCGCAGGCAAACGUUAUUGUGAUUGAAACACCAAACAUCCACACUGAACCUUCUGAAGUCACCAACCAAACCUCUGCUGUGCUCAGCUGCAACCUCACAGAUGCCGGCAUGUCCAGUAAGGGCUCCCACUGGACUUUUAAUGGCAAAAUCAUUGAAAGCUCCAAAAAGGAUGGCAACACACAUCACACUACCCACAAAUUGGAGAAGAUCACUCAUGCCAAUAGUGGAAAGUAUGAAUGCGUGUUCUUGACUGAUCCAGAAGUGAAGCAGACCAUUGAAGUCAGAACACUUCCCCAUGUCGCUGCCUACAAGCACUCUGAGCACGGCAAUGAAAAUGACAAAGUUGUGCUGGUCUGUGUGAGUCAUGGAUAUCCACUACCUACUGAUUGGCUCUGGUUCAAGCAGAACGACGAGGAAACCCAAGUUAGUAUCACCAAUGGAACUGAGAAAUAUGAGAUCAAGAAUACCCCCAACAAGACCAGUCUGACCAUUAACAACCUGAACAUCGACAGUGACCUCGGGCAUUACAUUUGCUCUGGAAGUAACGAACUCGGCGUAGCUACUGACAAAAUCAACCUGCGUGUCCGCAGUCGCUUGGCUGCUCUCUGGCCCUUUCUUGGCAUCGUGGCAGAGGUCAUCAUCCUUGUCACGAUAAUCUUUAUCUAUGAGAAGAGGAGAAAGCCUGAUGAGGUCAAUGACGAUGAUGACUCAGGAUCUGCUCCUCUGAAGAGCAAUUCGAAUGCAAACCACAAAGACAAGAAUGUGAGGCAAAGGAACUCUAACUAAAAGCUGAAAGAGAUGGAUGUCCAGACGACACUCCAGGAUUCAGCUGCUGUGUGGCACAAUAUACUGUGCACCUUGCAAUUUUAAGUACCUUUUUGUGCUUGGGUGUUUAAUGUUUAAAAGAAUAUGAUUUC